AAAUGACCAUAAUGGCCGCAGCAAGUGCCGUUGGUCAUUAUAUUCAACCCAUGAUCAUUUACCCCGGGCAGCGGUUUUCGUACAACCCUCUUGAGGGAUUUGAGGAAGCUGCCAUGGGUCGUUCAGAGAACGGAUGGAUGGACUCCGAAGUUUUCAUAUCAUGGUUAAAGGAGGUCUUUAUUCCAUGUGUUGAAGCCAGAAAGGUCAAAAAGCCCAUCCUGCUACUCGUAGAUGGGCAUAAGACUCAUAUUACAAUGGAGGCAUCUAAUAUAUGUGUGGAAAAUGGCAUUGAAAUGUACUGUUUAUUAGAACAUUCUUCUCAUUUGACCCAGCCUUUGGACUUGCGUCUUUUUGGCAGUUUAAAGCAGUCAUGGCGCGAGGCUGUACGGGCGUAUCAGUCAGAGAACAUAGGUGAAUUUGUAACUAAACAAACCUUUGCAAGAGUCUUCAAGGAAGCAUGGCGUAAAAGUGCGAAGAUCGAAGCGGUGAUAACGGGAUUUCAAGACUCUGGUAUUUUCCCAUGGAAUCCUCAGAAAGUUUUGGCAUCUGUGAAGCUCGAACCAAGCACCAUGUUCAUUGAAGCUCCAGCUGCUAAGAAAUUGACGACAGAUUCUGACCCAACAAUAAUUACAACACCUGUUAUUUUUCCAAAAACCACUGUCUUGGGAUCAGUUGUAGAUCACGUAUUACGACUGAUUCUUCUCCUGUCGCGUCCAUGCCAGUGGAGUCGACAACUACAGCAACUACUGUUGUUACAGCAGCUUUAACUCCUCCUACAUCAGCUGGUAAAUUAUCGCCGUCAGAUAUUGUAAACGAAUCUGUGCUUGAUGCAAUACCUACAGCUUCAACUGAUUUAGUCACCACUCCAUCUAAGCCAUCUACCGUCGUGUCUCUAUCAGUGGAGCCGACUGAUACAUCAACUGCCUCCAUGUCUACUGUGACACCUAACAUUACGACUGAUUUUGUUACAACACCAUCUAAAUCUUCGGAUGAAUGUGUUUCUAAAGCAACAGACGAAUCUAUAUCACCAUUUAGCAAACAUUUAAUAUUCCCAAAGACUGAAACAAAGAAACCAAAAGCACGUAAAAUGAUAAUGCCAAAAGCAAUUACAGGGGAAAAGUACAGACAAUGGUUGAAAGAAAAAGAAGAAAAGAAAGAAAAGGAAUUGAAAGAAAAACAGCAACGACAGAGAGAACGAUUACAAAAGAAACUCAAGAGAGCCAAAGAGCUGAAGGAAAAACAGAUUGCACUCGAAAAGAAACGGAAGGAUAGAGAAGAGGCGAAGAAAAAGCUAAAAGAACUGAAGGAGAAAAAGAAGCAAGAGAAUGAACAGAUCAUAAAAGAAAUUGAGGCAUCCGAUUCGGAUGAUAAUAUUGCAGUAAGUCCUACAAGCUGUUUUAAGUGCGAAACACCUUAUGAGGACUAUAUACAGUGCUCAAAUUGUUUCAGGCGCUUUCAUCUUACAUGUGUUGCCGAUGAACUUACCGACUGCCCGGAUGAUCUUCCUUUCGAAUGUAAAUACUGUUAGUGUUAGUGCAACAACAUAUAUUCUCCACAUAUAGAAGAUGAAUAGAUUCAGCAACACAAAUUACUUGAUGCAAACUGUAGUUACAAUGUAAUAUUGUCGCUUAAAAUAUGCUAUCGUUUGAAUUUUUUUUGGUAUUUGAAACUAUAUAUUUUCCUUUUCGUUGACAUUCAAUACUUUUGUUGUAGAAAUGAAUAUGUUUAAUAAAUUUCUUGAACAUUUUAAAAAUACUUUGAUGAUUGACAAAACGCUUUUCUAAGGUAGAUUUGUGCCAUGGCUUUUAGAAAUUAAUAUAAAAUGAUACACACUUAGUAUUCUUGAAUAUACUACAAAGUACGAAAAUGGUGUUUAUUUGUUUACGCAACAUAUUUUUUAAAAAAGUUCCUCAUGUUCGGAAUUAGGAACACCAAUGUUCGGAAUUACAAUCAUUGUUCGGUAUAAGGGGCAGUUGGUAGAUCUUUUGAUCGGACGAUAACGCCUUUAUUUGUAUUCGUUAGUGUUCUAAUACCGGCGAAAAUUGUAGCAUAAUCACUAAUCUAUUGAAGAGUUGUCUCUCUUUAGUUUAAAGUGGU